UCCAGUUUUCUCCCAGUCACAACUAGCUGACUGUUUAUUUUCCAUUCAAACAACCCAAACACGGCCUUACGUACCACAUCCAAUAUGGGUGCACCAACCCAGUCCCUUUUCACCUGUAAAACACCACACUCUAUUUGUACAACUUCAUAUAAGUGGAGCAGGUACGCCCCCUGGUCCCCCCACACUUGCACAAAAACAUACAGUGACGAUUUCUAGUGUUCGUGAUCAUCAUUCGUCGCUGAAAUUGUAGAAGCAAGAACUGUAUUUAUGGUCCUCUUAUCUCCCUAAUUUUUCUGUUGUCUGAACUAUCUUCAAUGGCUGCCAUUGCUAGUGUUUCUCGGAUACGUGCCGCCGUGAUUCUUCUCCUUUUUACUUUGCUACAGUCUCUUUAUCUUCUAGCUUUUGCUUCUACCAAUGUUCACAUUGUGUAUAUGGGGGAGAGAGCCUAUGAUGAGCCUGAGCUGGUUCAAGACUUGCACCAUGGGAUUCUCAGUGAUGUUCUUGGAAGCAAAGAAGCUGCCAAGACAUCGAUUCUAUACAGUUACAAGCAUGGAUUUUCCGGGUUUGCUGCAGUCUUGACUCAUUCUCAAGCCAAACUAAUAGCAGGUUACCAUGGAGUUGUCCGGGUUGUUCCCAAUAGAAUCCUUAGUUUACACACAACUAGAAGUUGGGAUUUCUUGAAAGUAAAACCUCAGAUGGUGGAUGGGAUUCUUUCAAAAAGUCAUUCUGGCAUUGGAUCUAUCAUUGGUGUCAUGGAUACUGGCAUAUGGCCAGAAUCUGAAAGCUUCAAAGAUGAAGGUAUGGAUGAGGUUCCAUCACAUUGGAACGGUAUAUGCCAGGAAGGAGAAAUGUUUAAUCAAUCAAACUGCAACAGGAAACUUAUUGGGGCACGAUGGUACAUCAAAGGAUACGAAGCAGAAUAUGGAAAGCUAAAUACUAGUGAUGAGGUUGAAUUCCUAUCUCCACGAGAUGCUGUAGGGCAUGGGACUCAUACAUCAUCAACUGCAGCUGGUGCUUUAGUGAAAAAUGCAAACUCAAUUGGGCUAGCUCAAGGAUUGGCAAGAGGGGGUGCUCCAUUGGCUAGGAUAGCCAUGUAUAAAGUUUGUUGGGCUACGGGUGGCUGUAGCUCAGCUGAUCUUCUUGCUGCAUUUGAUGAUGCAAUAUCUGAUGGUGUGGAUGUUAUUUCAGUAUCUCUUGGCUCACCACCUCCACUUCCUUCUUAUGUUGACGAUGCUUUAGCUAUUGGUUCUUUCCAUGCGAUAGCUAGAGGAAUAUCUGUCGUAUGCUCUGGUGGUAAUGCCGGUCCUUAUCCUCAAACUGUUAUAAAUACUGCUCCAUGGAUUCUUGAUGUGGCAGCAAGCACUAUCGAUAGAGCUUUCCCAACUGUCAUUACCUUAGGAAACAAUCAAACUCUUGUGGGUCAGGCUUUUUAUACAAGGAAGAAGGCCAGUGAGUUUCAACCUAUUGUUCCAGGAGAUGAAAUUGCAGCCGCCGAUGCAGAUGAAGACAGUGCAAGAAGUUGCGAUUUGGGAACCCUGAAUCCCACUUUAGCUAGAGGAAAAGUUGUUCUGUGUUUCCAAUCUCGGUCACAAAGGUCAGCUACAAUUGCUGGAAUAAGUGUACGAAAUGCACUGGGUUCUGGUGUCAUCUUUGCACAGUCUCCAACUAAGGAUGUUACUUAUCCCCGGGGUAUCCCCUCCGUCUUUGUGGACUUAACAGUUGGGACAUCCAUUCUUAAUUACAUAGAAUCGAGCAGGGCUCCUAUGGUAAAAUUUAACCAUACAAAAACAACAAUUGGACAACAAAUAGCCCCGGAAGUAGCAUAUUUUUCUUCCCGAGGACCCAGUUCGCUCUCUCCUUCUGUAUUAAAGCCGGAUAUUGCUGCUCCUGGUGUUAACAUCUUGGCCUCCUGGUCCCCUGCUUCUUCUCUUGAGUCACCCGGAAAUAAUCAAAACAAAUUACCUCCACUCAACUUCAAACUUGAAUCUGGAACAUCAAUGGCUUGUCCACAUAUAUCUGGUGUUGUGGCUCUUCUCAGAGCUGUCCACCCGACUUGGAGCCCUGCAGCAAUCAAGUCUGCGCUGGUCACAACAGCGUCUGUAACUGAUGAAUAUGGUCAAAGCAUUAUAGCUGAAGGAGCUCCUCAUAAGAAGGCCGACCCAUUUGACUACGGAGCUGGUCACGUUAAUCCUAACAAAGCCAUGGAUCCUGGUCUUGUAUACGAUGCCAACGUUGCAGAUUAUAUCCGAUUUCUUUGCUCAUUAGGGUAUAACAACACUGCAAUUAGCUUGAUGACCAAGAUAAGGACAUCAUGCCACGCAUCCACCAAGUUCCUUAUGAAUCUGAAUCUGCCUUCUAUCACCAUUCCUGAACUUAAGCAUAAGGUGACUGUAUCAAGAACGGUAACAAAUGUUGGUCCGGUAAACUCUGUUUAUAGAUCUCUUAUUGAAGCUCCCGCUGGGUCGUUUGUGACCAUAGAGCCCUCGAUUUUGUCAUUCAAUUCUACAACGAAGAAGCAGAAGUUUAAGGUAACCUUCAUUUCCCAGCUUAGAGUUCAAGGAAGAUACUCAUUUGGAUAUCUGAUUUGGGAAGAUGGCGUUCAUGUGGUGAGGAUUCCUUUAAUAGUUAGGACUGUAAUUCACUAUUCUUACUCGGAUACUUGAUUUAAAUCCCGCAAACAUUAUCUUUUUAUACCAAUAAUUUAAGCAUCGAAGUAUUCAUCA